UUUUUUUACAUCGUUUACGUUUUUUUUUCUGUUUGCAAAAAAAACCCCAACCAAUGAAAAAUACUGAGUGUGUUCAUAAAGCAGUUCAAGGCAUUACAAUUAAAUUUAAAAAGGAAAACACGAAGCUCUGAGGAAGGAGGACGAACAGCAUAAAUAUAUAUAUAGCUGCUCGCAAUACCUAUAUUCGAUGGAUUUGUCCAAAAUCCGUGGAUUUGUUAAGCACAACGGUCACCUGAUGAAGUCUAGACCUAAUUUUUUUGAUAUUUCGCCUGGUUUUGUGUGAAACCCAUGAGUGAAGCAGUGGCAACGAGAGCCGAAGAACGUAAAUCACUAUGUCAUUCAAUGAAUGCAGAUUCAGCGCUGGAUUUGCACGCCUUUGAUAGCCGAUAUAUAGCCCAGCAGCCUCAAGUGCACUAACAGUCACAAAUGCUUUUAUCGCCACAGUCACAGUCACAGCCAGAGCCAGUCACAACCACUAGCCACUGCCACUGACACACAACAAAACACAGCAACACAUACAGGAAAAUCGGGCUAAAGCUGUGCGUAUACGGAUGCGGAUGCGGAUCAACUUCCCAAUGGCCAAUUUCAGCAAUCGCAGUUACUACUACUACUGGAGCGGAGGAAACUAAUAAAAGCGCUUACUUCCGCCACUUCCACGUCGCUUUUGGGGUGCAGCAACCAUGUCGAUUAGCCUUAUAACCAUAUGAGGGCAGUUUUCGUAUUAACUGACCGAGUAAGACUGGCAAGGCGUAUUUGGAGAAAGAAGAAUCAAACGAGGAGAGAAUACCAAGACUUAGCAGUGGCGCUGAAUUCGACGUCUUCGCUCGAAAGCAACAGAGAAUAUCGCAACCGCCGCCAUCAUGUGGAUACACAUCGCAUUUUUAGUCCUUACCAUUGCUCAGCUGUGUGAUUUAGCCAUAUCUGCAGGUGAAGCAGAUUACACACUAGAUGAUUCUUUUUGGAAUGAAGAAAGUCCCGUUGGAGAAGUGGAACGCUUACUUAAGGAAUACAGGCAAAAUCAAGAGCUGGUCCGUCGAAUUGGUGGCCAUUAUUACCAAAUUAUAUAUCCAGUACAGUUGCGCCAUCACGAGAAGAUGGGCAUAUCCACGCGUGAAGUUAGUGUGCCAAAGCCUGGCCAAAGACCGCGGCCACACGAUGACAGUGGUUUUAACAGAGGAAGAACAAAGAAACACUUUCAUCGCACAUCACUGCUAAUCAAGGCUUUUAACCAUAAAUUUCGCUUGGAUUUGGAGCUCAAUUCCCAACUUCUCUCCCCGAAUAUACAGCAGAAACACUAUCAUGUGGGCGGAUACCUGGUGGACGGAAACCGACAUGAUAUCGAGCACUGUUAUUAUCAUGGGACAGUGAAGGAUUAUCCGGGCGCCAGCGCCGCCUUUCACACCUGUAACGGUGUCAGUGGCGUCAUACACAUAGGAAAUGAAACCUUUGUUAUACAUCCUUUCUAUGGCGGCGAUCUCUCAAAACACCCCCAUGUCAUUUUCGAGGCGCGAACGAAGGCCAACAAGGGAUGCGCCAAUUCCGGCAACCUGGACUCCUGGCGACUCUCGCGUCGCACUAAGCACCUUUCGGCGGGUGUCGCGGGUGUUAUCGAGGAGAUCCUCCAGGGCGGUGCGGGGCGCAGCAAACGGGACGUGAGAGAGGCCACAAAGUAUAUUGAGACGGCCAUUAUCGUAGACAAGGCAAUGUUCGAUAAGCGUAAUGGCAGCACACGAGCGGAGGUGAUCCACGAUGCCAUACAGGUGGCCAAUAUAGCCGAUCUGUACUUUCGCACACUCAAUACGCGUGUUUCGGUUGUGUAUAUAGAGACAUGGGGGAAAAAUCAGGCAGUUAUUGAUGGCAGCAAGGACAUAAGCAAGGCAAUCUCAAACUUUAACGACUACACCUCGAGGAACCUGUUCCAAAUCGAACGAGACACAACACAGCUGCUAACGGGCGAAACCUUUGCGGGCGGCGAAGCUGGCAUGGCCGUUCCAGAGACCGUCUGCACGCCACGCGCUGUCGGUAUCAGCGUGGACGUCAAUGUGUAUGAGCCACAUCUCUUGGCGGGCACAAUGGCUCACAUGAUUGGUCAUAACAUCGGCAUGGGACACGACGACGGACGAGAAGAAUGCUUUUGCAGGGACUGGCAUGGCUGCAUCAUGGCGCAAUCAAUUGUGGGCCAGGAGAAUGUGCAGCCGUACAAGUUUUCGGAGUGCAGUAAAAAGGAUUAUAUAGAUGCCUUGCGCACUGGACACGGUUUGUGUUUGCUGAAUAAGCCCAAUGAGAUCGAGCUGCGUCGUAAUUGCGGCAACAAGGUGGUGGAGGAGGACGAGGAGUGCGACUGUGGAACCUUCGAGGAGUGUGCCCUGGACCCAUGCUGCGACGGCAUCACCUGCAAGCUCAAAUCGGAGGCUCAGUGUGCCACCGGGGCGUGCUGUGAACAGUGUCGGCUCCGGCCCAAGGAUUACAUUUGCCGUGACUCGCACAAUGAGUGCGACCUUCCGGAGUAUUGCGAUGGCGAAGUGGGCCAGUGUCCCUCUGACGUGUUCAAGAAGAACGGCUCCCCCUGUGGUCUUAGCAAGACUGGCAUAUCCGGAUAUUGCUUUCAGGGUUACUGUCCCACGCUGAGCUUACAAUGUGAGGCCAUAUGGGGCUACGGCGGAUCAGCCGCGGACAAGCAGUGCUACGAACAGUUCAACUCGAAGGGCUCCAUCAACGGCCACUGUGGACGGGAUGCCAAUGAGCAUUAUAUCAAGUGCGAGCCUGAGAAUGUGCAGUGCGGCACGCUGCAGUGCAAGGAGGGGGAGCGACAGCCCGUGAACGAUGGCAUCGAUCAGCUGUAUUCACGGACAAUAAUAUCGAUCAAGGGCCAGGAAUUUGAAUGCAAGGCGACCAGCGGGCAGGUGGGCUCAAACAGCUACCCAGAGCACGGCCUCGUCAAGGACGGAACGCCGUGCGGCGACAACUUAAUUUGUCUGAACCAAACGUGUGUCAGUCUCUUUCCCCACGUGGAUCAGACCAAGUGCCCCGCAAAUAAACAGGGUCAAGAGUGCUCAGAACACGGCGUCUGCACCAACACCAACCGCUGCUUCUGCGACAUGGGAUGGGGCGGCACGGACUGCAGCUCGGUUGUCCUGCUCACCACAGCACUGCCAACGGAAGCACUGCCCACACCGGAGAACACAAUCAAAAUGGAGAAGAAAGAGACCCCAUAUGAGAACUACCACGGCUCAAAUACAGUGUUCCUAGUCGGUGUUCUAAUGUCAGUUGUAGGGUUCGUUUUUAUAACAUUCACCUUGAUGGCAUUGUGCUACAGGUCAGUUGUAGUACAUAGAAACUUCUCCCUGUGUCUGAGGCGAAAGACAACAACACUUAAAUAUGAUCCACCUUACUCGAAGAAACCAAUUGCGAAAAGCUACGGCGGAGCGGCAACGGCACCUAACCAUCAUUCCGUUGAAGAAGUCUCCCUGGAUGGAUCCAGCAAGUUGGUCUAUGCCAACCAGACUGGUUUCAGGGACAAAAGCAUCCACGGCCGUCGCUAUAAUACUGGUGGCGAGGACGAUCAGUCACAUGCAGAGAAGGGUAUAUUAAAGAAGCACGGCUACGGUCUGGUGCACGGUGAGCAGCUGAAAGACAAGUGGGGCGACGACAACCAAUCGGACAACCUCGAGCUUAUUACCCAAGACGGAACCCUGGCCUCGACGAGCGGCGGCGGCGGGGCAGCUGUCUCUGAGGUGGAGCGCACGCUGAAGUCACUCAACGGCUACCACGAGGAUAUUCUAGAGGCGUUGCGGAACGCCGCCACGCAUCGUGGCACUGGGACCGGCAACACGCCAGUCGGCAGCGGAAGCCUCAGUGAGGAGAUGUUGCGCAAAACACUGCAAGACUGCAACAACGCGCAGCUGGGCUACUCCGCCGAACAGUAUAAGCGUACUAGUGGAUCCAAGUCGAGCUCGCGCGAGAAUAUCUGUGAGAAUGCCGCGGUACACGCCAUUAUACUCGACGGCAGCGCGGCCGGGCUGAGUGGCCUGGGACUGGGGUCCAGUGUGGGCGGCGGUGGCGGAUCGGCGGCCGCCAUGUCCGGCGGCAUGUCGCAUGGCACAGCACUGCUCCACCAUCAUCGGUCGCAACAUCAGCUGCAUCAGCCGUCUGCGAUGGCGUUGCAGCAGCAGCAGCAGCAGUCCCAGCAGCCGGACGAGGAUGAUGCUCCUUCGACUGGACCGCUGCGUAUACGCAAUUUGGAGGACCUAAUACGGCAGCUCGAGCAUCAUUCGUCGCGACACAUGAGCCCCAGCGGCUCCGAGGAUAUACGCAUGUCGGAGACAGACGCCGAUCGACACUAUAGAUUAGAUAGUUCCGCCGCUUGUAGUGAGUCAUCUCAAGGCUCCAAUCAGCAACUAGCACAAUCUCAGAAAACAGCUACAAUUCAUCCGUCUUACAGCAGUCGGUGUCGUCCCCGAUCCGAUGACGAGUCCAGAUUCACAUUCGGCGGACGCUACCGACAGCCGGCAGCUUCUUCGGGACGGCACGCGCCGCAUCAGUCCCACUCACCUCACGCAUUUGGACACCACACGCAUCACUCCCAUGCCCACGGACAUGCCACGCACGGUCCACACUCGUCGCAUCACUCCUCGCACACCCAUUUGCAUCAGGAAGAUGAGGGCAUUUAUGAGACCGCUGAUCAGCAUGAACGCAAUAUAGCCGACGUUCGGCUCGACUGCCAAGUGACACCAGAUAGUGAAAGUGAUGACUUUAUUCAAGCUCAACAACAGUUAGCCCGGUGGGCGAGUGAGGAUGUGGUAUCCGUCGUGGUAUUGGAUCAGCCGCCAUCCGGUACAAUGUCGGAUUCCCAACCAUACAGCGGCGCCGGACUCAUAUCGGCGGGGGCUACAAUGAACAACGUUAUGCACCAUCAGCAUCCACAUCCACAUCAGCACCACGGCGAUCAUCAUCAAUCCUCCGCAGCGGCAGCGGCAACGGCGGCGGCAGCCAGCCACUCUAUGAUGGGUUUACCAAUCGUCCCAAAUGGUAUAAGUGCAACUCAGAGGGACUUUUAUCCCUCGCCGCCGUCAACGGAGACGGAAAGCAGUGGAAGUGCUAUCCAGCCACCGCCGCCGCUCACACGACGCACAGACACGGCGGCACUAAGUCAGCAGCAGCAGCAGCAGCAAAUGCAGCAGCUCCACCAGCUGCAUCAGCAUCAGCUUCAGCAGCAAUUAGGCGAUACCAGCAGCAGCAACAACAGUCAGUCCGGACAGGUCAUCGAGAAUGGCUGUUACCCGGAAUAUAAGCAUUGAUAGAGUGUUACCACUUUCGCACAUUUGCACAUCCGCCGCAUUUCGCGCAUAGAUCAAUGAUCACAGAUCUGAUCGACUGAUCACCUGAUCGUUUGAUCACCGGAUCACUUAUGCCAAACUCAGCCAAGUGUGUAGCUAGAUUUCCGCUAAUAUUGGCAUUUGUAUCGAUCUUUAUAAUUACUUUAGCAUAGUUAUAUGCUUUGCUUCAGAUACACUUGUGUAUGGUGGGCAUACUUACAUUUAAU